UAGGAGGACCCCGCCAGACUGAGACUUUAAUUGAGCUCACCCCCCCUCCUUCCCCUCCUUCUCCGCCUCUCCUCAGUCUCCGGGCUGUUGGCUUCAACUUCUCGGCUACACACCACUUCACAUUAUUUCGGAGUGGAUACGACGAGCAGCUUUUCCAAGAACAUGGCUCGCAUGCACAGAAUACUUGUACCGCUCUUUCUUCACGUAUGCCUCCUCAACUGGAGCGCAUGGGCCAAGGUGGAGCUGACUAUGCAUGAGGGUGUUGAGGUGUACCUGGGUGACUCGGCUCAGAUCCCCUGCCAGUACAGCUUCACUGACACUGACAACAAGCCCAGCUUUUUCAUGAUCCAGUGGUUUGUGAGAGCUUUCCGGCAGCCAGCCAGCCCACGCAUACGGAUCUUCUACGGUGAUGACGAGCAGCAGAUGGUGGACAACAACACGGACUACAGCGGUCGCAUCCAUGUGACUUCAGACCAGCAGGGAACUCAACUCACCAUCCAAGAUGUCCAGCUCAACGAUGAGAGGGAAUUCUUCUGCCAGGUUAAUGGGCUGGUUGCCGGGAGCGGUGAGGGCAAGACCCACCUCCGAGUGUUUGCUCCUCCAGAGGCUCCAGUGAUCGAGGGUGUCCCUACUGGAAUAUCUGUGACCAAUGAGGGGCUGUCUAAGGUUGCAUCAUGUGAGGCUCGCAACGGCUAUCCUAAACCCAACAUCACCUGGUACAGGAACGGCAUGCCACUGAUGUCUACACCAGGACAUAUAAACGUGUUGAUCCUGGUGACCCGGAAGUCCAAUGUCUCUGGGAUCUCCGUCCAGAGCACACUGGAGUACAAGGUGGUUAAGGACGACAAGGAUGCCCAUUUCUCCUGUGAAGUCAGCUUCUUUGUCCCGGGAGCCAUCAGGACAGUAGAGUCCAACAGCGUCAACAUCACUGUUCACUACCCUACCACCAUGGUGGAGCUGUGGAAGGAGUCGCCCCAGGGCUUGGUCAAAGAGGGGGAUACUGUGGAGCUGCGUUGCCAGGGUGAUGGCAACCCCCCGCCGGUCUUCAUUUUCAACCGAGAACAAGAGCUGGAUGUGGACUUGGAGAGCAACCACGGUGAUGUGUUGAUGCUGUCCCCAGUGUCACGGAAAGACAGCGGCAUCUACCAGUGUCGUCCUCUGGACUCUGAGGUCAAAGGAGAAAUGCAGCUUACUGUGCACUACUUGGACCCAGCUGUGGUGGUACCUAAAGACUCUGAGGUCAUGCUGAAAGGAGAAGAUCUGACUGCAACCUGCAACGCUCUGUCCUCCCUGAAAACAUCCACUGUCUGGUACAAGGAUGGGAAGCAGGUGGGUAAGGGGAACACAUUGCAUCUGAAGGACGCCACCUAUGAAACAACAGGAGAGUACGUAUGUGAGGUGACCGUUCCCUCCCUGCCCGCCCUUCACACCAGCGGCUCCGUCCACAUCAUCGUCCAAGGUGGUCCCCAGCUGGUGGGAGUUGAGCAGGAGGUGCAGCUGGAGGAGGCAACAGGCAGGAUGGUGAACCUGAGCUGUGAGGUUCAGGGCCAUCCCCUGCCCAGCCUCUCCUGGAGCAUCGUCGGCAGCCAGAACUGGCAGGAGGUGGUGAGCAAGGCAAACGAGCACAUUAUCCACAGCGUGGUGUCGGUCAAAGUCACCUCAGACACCAGCGCUCUGUGCAACGCUUCCAAUGACCUGGGCACUGAAGUCAAGGCUUUCAGCAUCAAAGCCAUUCCCAGAGUCACUUCAGCUGCUCCCUUCUCUCCUGCUGAGGGCAGCGGGGUGAUCAUCGUGGUGAUCAUACUGUGUCUGCUGCUGCUCGCCAUCCUCGGCAGCGUUCUCUACUUCCUGCAUAAGAAGGGGAAGAUCCCCUGUGGACGCUCUGGGAAACAGGAGAUCAGCACCAAAGAGAAGACCACCAAAGAUGACAUUGUCGUGGAGAUGAAGACCAACGCAAAGAAUGAGGAAGCUGUCCUCUUAAAGGCUGUCAACGGAGACAAGAAGGGCCCUAGUGACCAGUGAAGUCCCUGACGGUUCAGCAGCAGGGAGGACACAUGAAGCCAGCAGUCCGUCAGUGUGAUCUGAGACCUGCAGGGUAACCCCACCUCACAGUCAGGACAUUCCCCCAUCAUGCUUUGUUCUCAGCAGUAUUUAGUAGAUGCACACAGGAACACACCACCACAUACUUGCAUUACACACACACACAAACGCAUACAGGUAUGUCUGUACUCAUGUGUAUUUUCCUUUGAAUGAAUGUUUGCCUCCCUGACAUUCAGUUCCUCCAUUUUGUUUUGUACCAUUUCCUUAAACUGUUCAGCGUGUGUACGAUGGUGUCUCGUGUUGCAUCAUCCAACUUUUUUUUUUUUAGGUUUUUUUUUUAAUGAAAGUGUAUAUAUUAUAUAUAUUUUGUUAUUUAAGAUAUUUUGGCACGCCGAUUUUCAACCGGCGGUAGCGUCUGGGUCAUGUGCAUGUUGAUCCGUGUUCAUGGAGUCCAGGCGAGUUUUGGGACGGGACAUGAUGUCAGAGACCAAACGCUUUACUGUUGGUUCACAGUUUCACAGUCUCAGAGAGAAGGCUUGUCAGUGUGUUUCCUUCACUUUGAUUUGUUUUGAUUGACACCAAUAUUUGUAGAAGUUGAUUUUGAAACGUAACCAAAAAAAUGACGAAUACUGAGGCGUUUCCCCGAGAUGAGUAAUCACAAUAUUAUCUGUGAGAGCUGUCAGUCAGACACACUGGCAGCCUUCUUUUGCAAACUGCUGUCAAGCCUUUGUACUGUUUGUAAAUAAGUGGUAGUGUACAGAUCUGCUAGUGGUGGCCUUGGACUGUUACUGAAGGCGAAAGGGCCAAAGGUUAGUGAUGUGCUGUGCCUGUUUUUGAGAAUGCAUCAUACACUGAAUUAGUUUUUUUUCUUUGGUUUGCUCUGUGUGUUUUCUUUGUUUCCACUGAGAGCUCGUUGGGCCUGAAGAAGGGUUCCAGUGUUUGUGCACGUUUGACAUGUUUACUACAGACGACCCAUACGGUACUGCCUUUUUUCUCCACCCUCUAGGCAGCCAUACGUUUCAGUUUGUUUCUGUACAGUUUGAUACGGUGGUCGACAGGGGCAAACGCCCUGCAACUUAAUGAAACACACGCAAAUAGACAAAACACAAGCAAAUUAAGAAAACAUCUUCAUA